UAGAAUUAAAACCAAUAUACCGAGAUCCAAUUCAUGAUUUUGGUUUCCUUAAAUUUGAUCCUAAAAAAGUAAAAUUUAUGGAACUUGUUCAAAUACCUUUAAGCCCAGAAAAAGCCAAAGUAGGAUUAGAAAUUCGAGUCGUAGGUAAUGAUGCUGGUGAAAAAUUGUCAAUCUUAUCAGGCACCUUAGCUAGGCUUGAUAGGAGAGCACCAGAAUAUGGUGUUGGUGAAUAUAAUGAUUUCAACACAUUUUAUUUGCAAGCUGCUUCAGGAACUAGUGGUGGUUCAUCUGGAAGUCCUGUGCUUGAUAUUGAUGGACAUGCUGUGGCACUAAAUUCUGGUAGUGCUAGCAGAGCUGCAUCCAGUUUUUAUCUCCCUUUAGAUAGGGUGAAACGUGCACUUCAAUUUCUUCAAGAAGGAAAAAAUGUGCCGCGUGGCACCAUUCAGACCGAAUUUGAACAUAUGCCUUAUGAUGAACUCCGUCAUUUGGGUCUUGAUCCUAGUAUUGAAGAACAAGUUAGGGAAGAAUUUCCAGAUGAAACUGGUUUGUUGGUUGUUCGCGUAGUUUUACCCAAAGGUCCAGCUGAUAAUAUUUUAAUUCCGGGUGACAUAGUAAUUUCGGCUAAUAAAGUAACAGUCACCGAUUUUCUUGGUUUGUUUUCGCUUAUUGAUGAUUCUAUUGGUGAAGAUAUCUGCCUCGCCAUAUGUCGAAAUAAAGUAAUUGAAGAAGUUACUGUUCGUGUGCAAGAUCUUCAUGAUAUUACACCGAAUAAAUUUGUAGAAAUUGGUGGUGGUGUUGUGAAUGAAUUGUCGUAUCAAUUGGCGCACUCAUAUUCUCAACCUGUUGGUGGACCUUUUAUUGCCGCAAGUGGACAUAUGCUUGGUGGUGCAUCGGCGUAUCGUGAAUGCAUUAUUGUCAGCGUCAAUAAUCAAUUGACACCUAAUUUAGAUGAAUUCAUUAAUGUUAUGAAAACACUUCCAGAUGGUGCAAGAGUGCCCAUAAGGUUUUAUUCUCUUUCUAAAAUUCAUAAAGAAUAUGUUACAAUUAUGAACGUAGAUCGACAUUGGCACAAAUUUCAAGUAGCAGUUCGUGAUGAUACCACCGGCUUAUGGAAUUAUACUGAAAUGCCGCCGCCUCCGGUCAUUCAUUCAUAUGAACCGAUAACCGCAUCAUAUCAAACUUUGCACGCCUCGUUAAGUCCUGCAGGGAAAGUUUGGCCUUCGUUUGUGUUACUCGAAUAUCGCCUACCUUAUUUAGUGGAUGGAAUGCUAAGAAAGCAGUUUUAUGGUGUUGGUGUAAUUUUCUCUACUGAUCCGCCAUUGAUCGUUUGCGACCGUGAUACUAUUCCUAUAGGAAUUGGCGAUAUUUUUAUUACUUUUGGUAAUAGCGUAAUUAUACCGGGCAAAAUUCUUUAUCUUCAUCCUAUCUACAAUUAUGCAGUCCUCACUUAUGAUCCAAAGCUCUUGGGUGGUACACCUGUUCGUGCAAUUGAAUUUAGUGAUAAAGAAUUAGAUCAAGGUGAUGAAGUAUAUCUUAUAAGUGUGGCAGGUGACUCGUCACCUGUGAUGAAAAAAACCUAUGUAAAUCAUAUCGGUGAUGUCGAUACAAGGGAGUGUAACCCUCCCAGAUGGAGAGCCAUGAAUGUGGAAGGAAUAACUGUAGAUGAUGCUAUAGGAACGCAGGUUUUGUGUGAAUCCAAUGGUAGAGUACAAGCCAUUUGGCUUAAAUACUCAUCUCAGAACGAUAGCGAGAACGACUACAUAUUUUAUUGUGGUCUUCCUAUAUCGAUAGUACUACCUACUAUAGAAAUGAUCAAAAUUGGGCAAUAUCCACAAUUACGUGGGUUAAAUGUGGAAUUUUGGACGCGAAGAAUAGCCACAGCUCGUGCUUAUGGGCUUUCUGCAGAAUGGAUAAAAAGAAUAGAAUCUUCGGCAAAAUCAAAAUACACCAUGCUAUACGUAUUAAACAUAUUGGAUUUUACAAGUCCAGCUGGUAAACUUCUAAAAGUUGGUGACAUUGUACUGAUGAUGAAUGGCCGUUUAGUGACUAGGAUGGCAGAUUUACCACGUGCUUAUCAUCAGUCCGAAGAAGUAGAUAUGGUCGCAACGACGCCUUAUCCAAAAAAGGAAACAAAACGUAUCGUUUGUUGGGCCGGUGCGCUUAUUCAAAUGGCAUACAAGGCAGUUUUAGAACAAGUGCGUAAACCUCCUACGGGUGUAUACGUGUCUUGUACGCUUUAUGGAUCACCCGCAUCUAUCACAUUCCACCCCGGUAUAUGGAUUGUUGAAGUGCAAGGAAGAAAGGUUCAUGAUUUAGAUUCCUUCUUAGAUGCUGUUCAUUUGCAUGAAAAAGAACAGAAAGAAAACGAAGAUAGUGAUGGAUAUGUUCGAAUAAAAACGAUUGAUAGAAGAGAUGUUACACAUGUGGUAGCGAUGAAACUUGUUCCCCAUUAUUGGAACACGUGGGAAUUGAUGGAAGAUGAUAGUACACAAACAGGUUGGAAAGUUAGUUAUGAGAAAAAAUCUUUAGAGUCACACUAA